AUGCAAAGGACCGAUGAAGAUGUUUGUGCUAGUCCAUAUUUUGUACCCCAAGCUGAUCAUCAUCCUCAUCUAGGCUUUUACCCUCAGUGUCCCAAGGUUCUUCUCCCUAGUGGAUCAAUUAAAAGAAGAGGCAAGCCUAUUUGUAAAAUUGGAAAGGCUCUAUUUUACAACGAAAAUGCUUAUGAUCAUACCAUGGUUCCAUCACUUGAUAUUGAAAACUUAUACAAUGGAGCAUUCAACAAUGACGGUAGCGCCACUGAUCAUCACGAGACAUUGCCAUUGUUUCCAUUACACCCGACUAGUGUUUUUGAAGAGACAUUAAUGGCUUCAUCAUCACUAACUGGUUCAACUUCUGCAAAAUUUUAG